AUGGACGGUGAUUGGGAUGAGGUCGCCCGGAUCCAGUUUCCGCCUCCGGGCGUGCACGCGCUUCCCACUCCUGUGACGACUAUGACAUUUGAUACGUCGCAAGAGCUCCUCUGGACUGGCAAUGACUAUGGCCGGGUUACUUCUUUCUAUGGCACAGAGCUUCAGCGAUAUACCUCCUUCAAAGCGCACGCGUCCGCCGAUGGCCCUGUUCGCCAGAUAUUGGUCAAUGAGAAAGGUGUUGUGGCUCUGGGAGCCAAGGAUGUGCACAUGGCGAUGAGGAGGGGGGUUCCAAUGUGGCAUAUCAAACGUGAUGAUAUGGAUGAUUUACGAUGUAUGAGUUUUACGUCAAAGGGGACUGCGGAAAUCAUUGUCGCUGGCUUACAAGAUACAAUGCUUGUUAUUGACCUCAUUAAGGGUGAUGUCGUCAAACAAGUUCCAACUGAGCACCAAUAUACUAUCAUGAGGCGCGGCCGCUACAUUUGCGCCGCAACAAACAAUGGUUCCGUCAACCUUCUCGAUCCCGUCACAUUCGCAGUUGUCAAGACUUGGAAUGCCCACUCGGCCUUGAUUAACGACAUGGACGCCCAGCAUGACUUUGUUGUCACCUGCGGAUAUUCUCUACGCCAAGGACAGAAUUUGAUGCUCGACCCCUUCCUCAACGUCUUUGACAUCAAGAAGAUGACAUCGAUGCCCCCUAUUCCCUUCCCUGCCGGCGCUGCAUAUGUGCGCAUGCAUCCUAGGAUGCUGACAACAAGCAUAGUCGUCUCUCAGGGCGGGCAGAUCCAUGUGGUGGACCUGAUGAAUCCUAACACGAGCAACGUUCGCCAGGCCAAUGUGCUCUCAUAUCUUAGCAUGUUUGAGAUCGCGCCCUCUGGCGAGUCGAUGGCAUUGACCGAUGUGGAGUGCUAUGUUCAUCUUUGGGGGUCGCCCACCAAACUUCACUUUGUUGAUUUACCUACCCCUAUCGAUUUUGCAACCCCUGAGGAACCUGUGCCCAGCCAUUUAACACUAUCGGGUUACCAUAUUAUCGAGACACCCUUGCAUCUGCUUGGCCUGACAUACCUUGCGAUGUGGGUGCGCCUCCCGUCAAGUUCGACGCGCAAUUUCUCUCUGGACUCAAGGCGACUGAAUUUGGACUGUACGGCCGCAACACUCGAGGGCUUCGAAGAAACCAGGCCGAGGAUACUCGUAACGUCAACAAGGCCGGCAGCUCCGGACUCAAAGCUCCCAAGUUUCUCAGCGAGAAGGCCCGCGAGCUGGCUUCAUCGCAAGCUGCGGCCUUGGACGACAAAGCGGACGAACUUGCCGAUUCACAUUUCAAACUCAUACGCCAAUUCCCUCCUUCAGAUUAUGCACUUUACUCCCAUCAUCCGAAAUCUCGCCCUACAACACGCCGCCACCGCAUGCGUGAGCGAGAUUUCCGAGGGAUCUAUCUGCCAAGCAACAAAUUUGCUCAAGACGCUCAGCAGUCACCCGCAAGCCGGCCCUCUUGGACUUCUUGAGGAGGACCCUCAUGGCUCGUCUUUGAACGUCAUGUUGCAGGGCCUGACCCGGUUUCUCUUGGAUAAGAUCGUUCACGACCACAAGUCUAUCAAUCCAGCAUCUUCUGCCAUGGAUCAAGUGCUAGCGACAUCGGCGACCAGUUCAAUCAAGUGUAUCAGCUGUCGAAGCGAGUACACACGUCCUGGGUCGACCUAUGUCAACGAUCUACUCUAUCCAUCAAAUAAAUCUGGAGCUCGGGGCGCAAAGAUGCCACGAAUCACUUUUUCUCAGGUCCUCAAGAAUAGCGUCGAGAGGGAGACAACCUCUAAAGGAUGGUGCAGUCGGUGUCAACGAUACCAGACGAUUGCGACUAGAAAGAGCAUUCACAGUGUCCCAGCCGUGCUCAUGCUGAACACGGCCAUCACCAACUCGGACCAUCGGAUCCUUUGGUCAACUCCCGGAUGGCUUCCUGAGGAGAUUGGAAUCAUCGUUGAACACGGUCAAUUCUUUUGUUAUGAAGGGGAGGACUUGAAGCUCCAUCUGCAACGAGGCAUACACAAUAUCACAGUGUAUUCGCUGAUUGGCAUGGCCAUCAACAUUGAAAGCGGGCAGACGCAAAAGUCUCACUUGGUCUCAAUGGUCAAUGUUGCACACGCGGAAACCGAGGCACCUGGCGAGAGUCAAUGGCAUCUCUUCAACGACUUUUUGGUGAGAUCGGUCAGCACGGAAGAAGCCCUCACUUUCAACAUGUCCUGGAAGGUCCCCUCUGUGAUUGCAUACCAAGUGAAGGAGGCCAACAAUAAGAUCGACAUGUCGUGGAAGACGAACAUUGACACAUCGAUACUAUAUCAAGAUUUCAGCCCUACCACGGAUCCAGAGGCAAAGACGUAUCAGAUUCUCAAUCCCAAAACUGAAGCACCUGGACCUGAAACCAUUAUUGCCCUCGAUACCGAGUUUGUUGCAGUGCGACAGCCAGAGAUCGAAAUGAACUCGGAUGGUGAGAGAGAGACCAUUCGACCCAUUGUGUAUGCUCUCGCUCGAGCGUCAGUUGUGCGCGGACAGGGCGAAGAUGAGGGCACACCAUUCAUCGACGACUAUAUCUCCAUCAGGGAACCAAUCGUCGACUAUCUCACGUCAUACUCUGGAAUUACUGAACAGGAUCUGGAUCCUCGAGUUUCAAAGCACAGUCUUUUACCCCUGAAGAUGGCAUACAAGAAGAUGUGGAUUCUUCUCAAUCUUGGAUGCAAAUUCUUGGGUCACGGUCUGAAGCAGGAUUUCCGAGUUAUCAACAUUCAUAUCCCCAAAUCACAGAUUAUCGACACCAUCGACCUGUUCUUCCUCAAGUCCCGCCUGAGAAAGCUGUCAUUGGCGUUCCUAGCGUGGUACCUUUUGAAGGAAGACAUCCAGAUGGAGACACACGACUCGAUCGAGGAUUCCCGGACAGCCCUCAAGCUGUAUAAGAAAUAUCUCGAGUUCCAGGAUGCCGGAAUCCUCGAGACGAUGCUACAGGAUAUUUACCGUGCUGGUCGAGAUGUGAACUUCAAGCCGCCUCGCAAAGAUGAUUCAAACGUGCCGAGAGCCGGUGACGCCAGUGAGGAACAUUGGGAUCCCGGUCCAGACACCCGGGUCAGCGUUUGGGGGCGGCUCAAGCUGGACCCCUGGGAAGGGAUCGCCACUGCCGUAGGAGGCGGAUCGUGGGAGGAUCCCAGGGAGUGA